AUGAUGACUGCAUCAAAUGCAAAUGCAUUGAUCCACUCUGAUCUCAAAGACCUUGCCGCUGCUACUAAAAAGCUUGCCAACCAUGCCAUCCAUCUGGGGCAGCUUAGGCUUUGGCACCUCUUUCCUCAAAUGGGUUGGUUCUUUUGCUACAAUGUAUGCCCCUCUCCUUAUUAUUGA